AUGCCAGCUUUUACUCUGUAUGGCUCUCGCGGUUCGACUAACACCGACCGUGUCCGCCUGACUCUUGCCGAAGGUGGCUUUACGGAUUACGAACACGUGCUUGUCAACCUUCAAAAAGGGGAGCAAAAGGUGGGUGACCCGUUUCUCUUGCAAGACGAUGCGGCUUCUCCUUGCUCCGAAGAACACAUGAAACGUCACCCGUGGGGUAAAAUACCCGUCAUAACUACCGCCGAGGGGUUCACCCUCUACGAGAGUCGCCCAAUCUGCAAAUACCUCGCAACGAAGUACUCCUUUCCACUUCUACCCCCCGACUCCGACGUCGAAGCUGCGGCGCUGUUCGACCAGGCGCAGUGCGUAGAAACGAUCUACUUCGCAGAGCCUGCAGGUAGAAUCGGAUUCGAGAAAUUUGUCAAAAGAUUCAGGGGGCUGCCUCCUGAUGAGGCCGUUGUCUCAGAUGCACUGCGGUCGGUCGAGAUGUUUUUCGAUGUUGCAGAACGUCUCUUACACCACAAAGACUACAUGGCUGGAAAUGACUUCACUCUCGUGGAUAUCUACUACAUUCCGCUGAUCCAAAGGCUUUUCGCAUGCGGGUACGGAGAUAUCAUCGUCAGUCGCGAAGCUGUGAGUGCUUGGUGGGAUCGCUGCGUGAAUCGGCCAGCCGUACAGAGGAUGUUGGCCGCUGACAAGGAGGCUGCGGCUGCGGUUGCUGCCAGUAAAUAG